ACCCCUUCCUGGGAUCUUCCAUCAUCCAUUUACAUGCAGGGAUCGCACGAGACGACCGAAGGCCCGUUAUUACUAGUUCCUUCAUCAUGGCCGACGUUCCAGCGAUAAUAAAUAUCUGCGUGUCCUUAAAGAUAGAGCCGAAUGACGGGCCGGUGUUUUUUAAAGCGGACGGGUCGCGGUUCGGACAGACGCGGACAAUAAAACUGCUGACGGGAUCCAAAUAUAAAAUCGAGGUGGUGUUGAAACCGGGGAACGUCGAGCCGGUUUCUAUGGGAAUCGGUGGGAAAAGCUUUGAUCUGGAGCAGCAGUCUAAAGAUGAAGAGUCUGCCCUAUAUCACGGGCUUUACGACACCGAGGGUGUUCCUCACACCAAAAGCGGAGACAGACAACCUGUACAGGUUUCCAUACAGUUCAAGGAGGCGGGCGUCUUCGAGACGGUGUGGCAGGUGAAGUACUACAACUACUACAAGCGUGAGCACUGUCAGUUCGGCAACAAGUUCACCUGCAUUGAGUAUGAGGUGAAGCCCAAUGAGACGCGCAGCCUCAUGUGGAUCAACAAAGAGCUCUUCCAGUAAAACACGGCCAUCGCGCCGUAGUCCGAUUCGAGCACAGCACGGCAGCACUACACAUCUGUAUGAACAGUAACCAUCACUGGGCAGAUUGUGUACUGUGUAUUAAUCAAUUCAAGAUGGUGGGCAUCUGUAGCAUGGCUAACUCACUUCUACUUCUACCGUGUGAGCCAUGCUAGAGCACAGAACCUGUGGAGAUCCAUGUUAUGUUAUGUUAUUUUUGUGUUUUUGUGCAUGUAAACUUUUAUACAUAUCUUUCUUUGAGUCAGGAACCUGUCACCUGGAUGAAUACCGCUCUUAGAGUUUGUGUUUUUGUGCAUGUUCUAUGUUUACACAUAUCAGCUAGUCGUUAGUGACACUAAGAUCGUUCCUAUUAGCGUUCCUACUGUCACAACGUAGAACCACAGGCUUCACAGCCGAAAUCGCUAGAUAGGUAGUCAAGCCAGGUUUAUUUGCGAAACCCAAAAUGACGAGCGCGUCUCAGGAGCUACAGUAAUCGAGAACUUCGUCCAGGUCAGAUGUGUACUGUGUUACGCUAGGUCAUUUCACACAUCUUGACUUUAUCUGGAUUGAGAUUAUUAUGGAGUCACCGACAUCAGCAGUGAGCAUGUGCAGCACCUAUUAGAAGGGUUUUGUUUUCUCCUCAUGUAUAUCGUAUUGCAAAUGCAUCUUGGUGACUGGUGUUUUUAAAGUCUUUUGCCUCCACUGUAGAAUCAUAUCCCGUUUAUUGUCAUCGACUGCUUUUGUAGUUCAUCAGCAUUACAGUUCCAACACAUUGAGAUGCUUUUCUGCUCACCACAGUUGUAAAGCGCAUUUAUGGGAGUUCCUGUCCUGGUACUUUUUUGCACCAAUUCCGGUGCAGAUCAUCAACAGAGAUAAUCAAACUGGCACAAGCAACCCUGCCAUGUUUAAAGUCUCUGAGAUCGCUUCAGAUUAUUUUUUAUCUUACUGACACUCCAUGCCCUACGUGAUGCAGUGUCCUACUGCCAUGCGAUUGGCUGAUUUGGGUAAUUUCAUGAACCAACCAGGGUACAGGUGUAUCUAAUAAAUCGGCCACUCAUGUUUAAACUACCAAAGCAGGAGGUCCGAGAUGCAUUUUCGUCUGGUGUAACAAAAAUGUAAACGAACGUGUUUUUCUGAUUAAACCCUGUCCAAAUAUGUGACGCACUUGCUCGGACAACAACCGUCCUCUUAAUCAAACGAGCUGAUUUGUAUAUUAACGUUUGGCUACCGGCAUCGGUACAAGCAUUAGAAACAACAA